UGAACCGUCCUUUCUAUCUUCUUACCCAACAUUUCAGCCUCAGGCUUUGGGUAGCCAUAGCGAGGGUGAGGCAGAGAAGGAUCGAGAGAGAAUUGUGAACUCAGCUCUACCAAAUGGCCUCCUCAGCUGCCUCCGCUGCUAUCCUCUCUUCGAACCCUACUCUAUUCUCUCCCAAAUUAUCCUCUCCCUCCCUCUCUUUCUCCCCUUCCGUCCCCAAGUCCUUUGUUGGCCUUCGCAAACCCUCAAUCUCUGCUCGCCCUCAUUCCUUUUCCUCGAAUCGCGCCUCCCAUUCUAGGCGCAGCUUCGUUGUCAAGGCUUCUUCUAGUGAAGUUCCACUUGUUGGAAACAAAGCACCAGAUUUUGAAGCGGAGGCUGUUUUUGACCAAGAGUUUAUCAAUGUCAAACUUUCUGAUUACAUUGGAAAGAAAUAUGUCAUUCUCUUCUUCUACCCCUUGGACUUCACAUUCGUUUGUCCAACAGAAAUCACUGCUUUCAGUGAUCGGCAUGCAGAGUUUGAGGCACUAAAUACUGAGAUAUUGGGUGUUUCAGUUGACAGUGUGUUCUCGCAUCUUGCAUGGGUUCAAACAGAUAGAAAGUCGGGUGGUCUUGGGGAUUUGAAGUAUCCCCUGAUAUCUGAUGUCACCAAAUCAAUUUCAAAAUCAUAUGGCGUGCUGAUUCCUGAUCAGGGGAUUGCGUUGAGAGGAUUGUUCAUUAUUGACAAGGAAGGAAUUAUCCAGCAUUCUACCAUUAACAACCUGGCAAUUGGUAGAAGUGUUGAUGAGACUAAGAGAACACUGCAGGCCCUGCAGUAUGUGCAGGAGAACCCAGAUGAAGUUUGCCCUGCUGGGUGGAAGCCCGGUGAGAAGUCCAUGAAACCAGACCCUAAACUUAGCAAGGAGUACUUCGCAGCUGUUUAGGCUGGGUGAUAGUCAAGAGAAGACUUGAGAGUAGCAGUUAUGAAUCUGUAAUGCGAUGUAGAAGGGUUUUGUUUUUUCUGUAACACUUUGUCAAGUCCCGAAAUUUGAGCUGCGGGUUGUGAAUUAAGAUAAUAAAUGCAUGUUGGUGUGUCUGGAUUUUUGAGCGAAUUAUGUGGCAACUUCACAUUUUAUUUCGAACGGAAUCCGUGUACUAUUAUUUGCGUUUGAAUGAUUCA